GAUCAUCUUCCUUCAAACGCACGCAACCGACCUACCUACCAUUUCUUGCUCGUAUUCGUGUCAUACUUCUCUUCCAUUCUUGUAAAGAAAUUCGAAGCUUUACUUUUAAAAGGUUCCAACUUUUCCAAAUCCCACUUCCGAAAACAUGUGAUCUAUCACUUUCCAUAUGAAUCGAUAAAGGAAACAUCGUUUCACAUGCUUCCCAUUACGACCCGACACACAAAAAGGUUAAAGUUUCUUGUUUUUAGUUCGAUUUCGGUUUGUUUAAAGUGGUCAAGAUUGUGAAUUUCUUUGUGAGUUUUUAAGUUUCAGGUGGGAAUUAAUCAAAUUUUGUUGAUUUGGGGGGGAUUAGGGGUUUAGGGGUUGUGUGUUUGUUUGAAAUUUUGUUGGUGAAAAUGGGGGGAAUAUCGUCUGAUAAUGUUCAUGGGCUUGUGUUAGCUCUAUCUUCAAGUGUGUUUAUUGGAUCUAGCUUUAUUAUUAAGAAAAAGGGUCUCAUGAAUGCUGGUGCUACAGGAAUUAGAGCAGGUUUAGGAGGCUAUUCAUACUUAAAAGAGCCCUGGUGGUGGGCUGGGAUGGUCAGCAUGAUCAUAGGUGAGGUGGCAAAUUUUGCCGCUUAUGCAUAUGCACCAGCAAUUCUUGUAACCCCAUUAGGGGCUCUAAGUAUGAUAAUCAGUGCAGUUCUAGCCCAUUAUUUUCUGGAUGAAAGGUUGCAUAUUUUUGGUGUAAUCGGGUGCGCACUCUGUUUGGUGGGGUCGACCACAAUCGUCUUGCACGCACCACACGAGAUCCCGAUCAAGUCGGUUAAAGAAGUUUGGCUCCUUGCAACCGCACCAGGAUUUCUGGUCUACGCUUGCAUUGUUUUGAUUGUUGUCGGCAUACUUAUUUACCGUUAUGUGCCACUCUACGGCGGGACCCACCUGGUCAUAUACGUUGGGAUUUGCUCUCUGAUGGGCUCCCUCACGGUUAUGUGUGUGAAAGCAGUCGGGAUUGCCAUGAAGUUAUCGUUUUCGGGAAGUAAUCAGUUUGUAUACUUCCAAACAUGGUUCUUCACAAUCUUACUUUUUGGUUUCAUUCUCUUGCAACUCAACUAUUUGAAUAGGGCACUAGACACCUUCAAUACUGCUGUGAUUUCACCUGUUUAUUAUGUCAUGUUUACCAGUUUCACAAUUUUGGCCAGUAUGAUCAUGUUCAAGAACUGGGAUCAUCAAAAUGCGUCUCAAAUAAUAUCUGAACUCAGCGGUUUUGUGACCAUUUUCUCGGGGACGUUUCUUCUUCAUAAAACUAAGGAUAUGGGAACUCCGGCGGCAACAGACUCGCCUAAACUUUCAAGUUCAUCAGCCAGCAGCCGAAAUGAAGGCCCCACAAGGUCGGAAUUGUGAAUAGUCGCAAAAUGUCUGGUGGUGGUUUUGCGGUAGAGUAGAUGCUUUUAACAACAGGGUUAGAUGCUGCUGAGAAUCAUGAGGACUUUCACACCUCUGGCAAUAUUUCUUAUAUUAUUUAUGCUGAUUUUUUUUUUGGCAUAUAUUGGUGUAUACCGGGUUAACGGACGGGUCGGGCCGGGUCAGAAGAGAUUCGGAACAGGAGGGUUCUUUUUAGAAGAUGGUCAAUUUGAUGUAACUAUAGAAUCCAUUUUGAUGCAUACAUUCAAGGACAACAGAGUGGUAUUCUAAAGGGUUAUUAGAUUUUAUCACACCCCCAACUAUUGGCUAUUGGCUGCUGUCAUCCUCAACUUAACACUUAAUGUGUUCUGUCACCAGGUCGUUAACUAAUCACUAACUUUUGAUCUUGUUACUAUACUUUUGGUGUGUCGUAAGAUCCCUAAAACCUUCGUAAGAUCCCUAUGACACCCUAAAAGUAUAGUACCAAGAUCAAAAGUUAGUGAUCAGUUAACGACGUGAUGACAGAACAUACUAAGUGUUAAGUUGGGGGUGACGGGCGUCAAAGUGAUAGUUGGGGUGGCCGCAGCCAAUAGCCAAUAGUUAGGGGUGUUAUGUUGUAGUCGCAUGUGUUUGUAGUAAAGUGUUGUCUUUUUCCUUCUAAGGCCUCUUUCUUUAAGUAAAAUAUGCAAUACAUUUAACUUAUGUUGUGCUA